ACUCUACCCUAGAAUCACCACAACCUCUUCUUCUUUCUUUCUUUCUUUCUCUCUUUAUCUAUCUAUAUAUCUCUACACUGAUUAAAUUAGGAUUGUGCUGCGUUGUGUUGAUUAAUACAUCUGAUCGAAAAUGGCGGACUCGGGCGGUGGUUCAUCGUCGAUAUCGAGCAGAAUAUGUUCGAUAUCCAUCCCGGAGAAGUUUCAGCUGCACAUGGCCAUGUUGGCCUUGCAGUUUGGGUAUGCAGGUUUCCAUGUCGUUUCCCGGGCAGCCCUUAACAUGGGGAUCAGUAAGAUUGUGUUCCCAGUUUACAGGAAUAUUCUCGCUCUGCUUCUUCUCCUGCCAUUCGCCUACUUUCUUGAGAAGAAAGAGAGGCCUCCUGUCACUUGGAAACUCCUCCUCCAGUUCUUCUUCCUAGCAAUUGUAGGGAUCACUGCAAACCAAGGAUUCUACUUGGUGGGGCUGGACAACACAUCACCCACCUUCGCUUCCGCCAUACAAAACUCAGUCCCUGCAAUAACAUUUCUAAUGGCAGCCAUUCUCAGGAUCGAAAAGGUGAGGUUUAACAGAAAGGACGGGAUCUCAAAGGUUGCCGGAACACUCCUCUGCGUCAUGGGAGCUUCCGUCAUCACCCUCUACAAAGGCCCCACCAUCUACACCCCCUCCCCGCCCCUUCAUUCCACAGCACCACUCCAUCCGGGUCCGGGUCCGGGUCGGGGUCUGGGCCUGGGCGAUGCCCAGGGCAAGAACUGGACCCUGGGCUGCAUAUACCUCAUCGGCCACUGCCUCUCCUGGUCCGCCUGGCUCGUCCUGCAAUCGCCGGUGGUCAAGAAGUUCCCGGCGCGGCUCACCUUUACUUCUUACCAGUGCUUCUUUGGCAUAAUUCAGUUCCUCGUCAUCGCCGCCUUUGUCGAGAGGAACCCCCAGGCUUGGCUCAUCCACUCCGGCGGCGAGCUCUUCAGCGUUUUCUACGCUGGAAUUGUGGCUUCAGGGAUCGCCUUCGCCGUCCAGAUAUGGUGCAUUGACAGAGGCGGCCCCGUUUUCGUCGCCGUUUAUCAGCCCGUACAGACACUGGUCGUCGCCAUUGUCGCCUCCGUCGUUCUCGGCGAGGAGUUUUACUUGGGAGGGAUCAUUGGUGCGGUGCUGAUUAUAACGGGGUUGUACCUUGUGCUUUGGGGGAAGAACGAGGAGGGCAAAUUCGCGAAGAAGGCGGCGAUCCAGUGUCCUCAGGAGCACGGAAGCAGCGGUGCACCUUCCCACGUCAUCAAGUCGUCGUCGAUCACUCAGCCACUCCUCCCUCAGUCAACGGAGACUACUGCUUGACCGCCACUGCCCUAACUUUGACUCUUGCAAUAUUUUGUUCCAAUCGUUUGUUUGGUGGCACACAAAAUUUUCAGUCACUAUUCACCUAUGCUAUAUAUGUUUAUUGUCUUUUAUUUUAUUUUUUUUUUUGGAAAAAAAAAAAAAAAAAUGGCUUGGUGUGUGUAUUAUCCAUCUAUCUGUUUUAAAUUUUGGUUUGUAGGGCUUUCUUUUAAAUUUGUGUAUUUAGCUAUUAGAAGAGUGGUUUCAUAUUUAAUAUAUAUAUAUAUAUAUAUGUAUGUUGAGGUGGGGGUUUGAGGGGAAGAAUGUGAUGAUUGUAAUCUUGUGGCAUGGGUUAAGAAUGGAUAUCCCAUAUGUCUUUUUA